AUGGUAUUUGUUAGGGUACUAGCCAAACCUAUUACCUUUCGCUAUCUUUCCUUGAUUUUAAUUUUAUACGGAAGUCUUUCUGCUUCUAUUGUUGCUGAGAAAAAUUGCGUAGUCUUGGCGGCAAAUGUUUUCAACAACGUAGGAACGGUAGACCUGUUUCACACGCUCCUCUCUGACUUAGAGGGAAUGCUACAAGCCGCUGGGUUUUCCACAGGCCUGUGCAUCUACGAAGACAACUCGAGGGAUGGUACCGACGUUCGAGUUUCCCAGUGGAAUCAGUCCCGGCGAGGAACACCGUUCACGAGGAUCCUUGCAGACAAGACACCCCCCACGGCAACGGAACGCGUGUCGAGAAUAGCAGUUGUUCGCAGCCGUUUGCUGAAUCUUAUCCAUGAGGUUCUGGCGGAAAUGCAAAAUUGUUCUGGACGGUAUAUAUUAUUUUUUAACGAUGUUGUCUUCGAACCAUCGGAUGUUCAUAAGAUGGUGCUAGACGGAAUCCGGCAGAACUUUGACAUGCUCUGCGCAGUGGACGUCUAUCGAGGGUUUUAUGACCGUUGGGUUACUCGGGAUGCCUCUGGAUUGAUCCCAUCGCGGUGGGCAUCUGUCUUCUUCACCGGGAAAACUGGUUCCAGAAUACGCAAUAAAGAUGCAACUGAGUGGCGGACAGAUUUUUGGCCUUCGAGAGCCUGCUGGAAUGGAGCUGUUUUGGUUAACGCAGAAAGUGCACCGCGCAGUUUCCGCAGUGCGAGGAAUGACGAAUGCUAUGCUUCAGAAUGCAAGCUUUUUGUUGACGAUCUCUUGAAGGAACGUGGCGGCCAAGCGCGUGUUGCGGUGAGACUCGAUACGCUUGUGGCGUACGACGUUAUCCAUCUCUUACUACAUAAGUUUGUUAUCAGGACAUAUGCCUCCCAUAUUGCUGCUUUUCAAAGCCUCGGAGAACUCAUUGUGAAAGCGAAGCAUCGCUAUCAGGCGGAGAGGGUUCUCCAAUCAGACCCCUGUCCGAAAUUACCAAUGCUUUGUUGUUGA